AUGCUUAGAGCUUUUAAAAGUGCUAUACCACGCACACAAAUAUACAAGAAACAACUGAUUAAUCAAAUUUCCUCACUUAGACAUAACUACAAUUUAUUACAAACUAGAUGUUUAGCAACAGAUACUUUUUUACAAGGAAACAAUUCCAAUUAUGUUGAUGAAAUGUAUCAACAAUGGAGAACCGACCCAAAGUCUGUCCACGCAUCAUGGAAUGCUUAUUUUAAAAAUAUAGAGAAUGAUAAUGUCGAACCAUCAAAGGCAUUUCAAGCUCCACCAACUAUCGUUCCAACUGUUUCAGGUGGUGCAGCUGGUUUUUAUCCAGGUCAAACUAGUGUCAAUAAUGAUGAUGUUGUUACUCAUUUGAAAGUUCAAUUAUUAGUAAGAGCUUAUCAAGUUAGAGGACAUCAAAAGGCAAAAAUCGAUCCUUUAAAUAUAACAUUUGGUGAUAAAUCUGAAAUACCAAAAGAAUUAACAUUGGAUUAUUACAAUUUUUCAGAAAGUGAUUUAGAUAAAGAAAUUACUUUAGGACCAGGUAUUUUACCAAGAUUUGCAACUGAAGGUAAGAAAACAAUGACUUUAAGAGAAAUCAUAAAGACUUGUGAAGAAUUAUAUUGUUCAUCAUAUGGUGUAGAAUAUGUUCAUAUUCCUUCAAAAGAACAAUGUGAUUGGUUAAGAGAAAGAAUUGAAAUCCCACAACCAUUUAAGUAUUCUCAAGAUCAAAAAAGACAAAUAUUGGAUCGUUUAAUUUGGGCUACUUCAUUUGAAUCAUUCUUAUCCACCAAAUUCGCUAAUGAUAAAAGAUUUGGUUUAGAAGGUGCUGAGGCAGUUGUUCCAGGUAUGAAAGCAUUAAUUGAUACUUCUGUUGAAUAUGGUGUUGAAGAUAUUGUUAUUGGUAUGCCACAUAGAGGUAGAUUGAAUAUGUUGUCAAAUGUUGUUCGUAAACCAAAUGAAUCAAUUUUUUCAGAAUUCACAGGUUCGAGGGAGUUUGAUGAAGGUUCGGGUGAUGUGAAAUAUCAUUUAGGUAUGAAUUAUGCAAGACCAACUACUUCAGGUAAACAUGUUAAUUUAUCAUUAGUUGCUAAUCCAUCACAUUUAGAGGCUGAAGAUGGUGUUGUAUUGGGUAAAACUCGUGCAAUUCAACAAUAUAAAAAUGAUGUUGGUGAAUUCAAGAAAGCAAUGUCUGUCUUAUUACAUGGUGAUGCUGCUUUUGCUGCUCAAGGUGUUGUUUAUGAAACUAUGGGUUUUGCUAAUUUACCAGCAUACUCAACUGGUGGUACUAUUCAUAUAAUUGUAAACAAUCAAAUUGGGUUCACUACUGAUCCAAGAUUUGCAAGAUCGACAUUAUAUCCUUCUGAUAUUGCUAAAAGUAUUAAUGCUCCAAUUUUCCAUGUUAAUGCUGAUGAUAUAGAAGCAACUACAUUCAUUUUCAAUUUAGCAGCUGAAUGGAGAGCUACUUUCCAUACUGAUUGUAUAAUCGAUGUUGUUGGUUAUAGAAAACAUGGUCAUAAUGAAACCGAUCAACCAUCUUUCACUCAACCAUUAAUGUACAAAGAAAUUGCAGAAAAGAAAUCAGUAAUUGAUAUAUAUGCUAAACAAUUAAUUGAUGAAGGUACUUUCACAGCUGAAGAUAUUGAAGAACAUAAAAAAUGGGUAUGGAAUAUUUUGGAAGAAUCAUUUUCAAAAGCUAAAGAUUAUCAACCAACUUCAAGAGAAUGGUUAACAACUCCAUGGGAAGAUUUUAAAUCACCAAAAGAAUUAGCUACUGAAGUAUUACCACAUUUUCCAACUGGUGUAGAUGAAGAAACAUUAAAAAAAAUUGGUGUUGCUAUGUCAGAAGUACCUGAAGGAUUUGAACUUCAUAGAAACUUGAAACGUAUUCUUAAUCAAAGAAAGAAAACAGUUGAAACUGGUGAAGGUAUAGAUUAUGCUACUGGUGAGGCUUUAGCUUAUGGUACAUUAGCAUUAGAAGGUUAUCAUGUUAGAGUUUCUGGUCAAGAUGUUGAAAGAGGUACUUUUUCACAAAGGCAUGCUGUUUUACAUGAUCAAAAAUCAGAAAAGACAUGGACCCCAUUAAGUAAUUUAAGUGAAGAUCAAGGAGUUUUCAGUAUAUCAAAUUCAUCAUUAUCAGAAUAUGGUGUUUUAGGUUUUGAAUAUGGUUAUUCAUUAACUUCACCGGAUGCUCUUGUUGAAUGGGAAGCUCAAUUUGGUGAUUUUGCUAAUACAGCUCAAGUUGUUAUUGAUCAAUUUAUUGCUGGUGCUGAAUCUAAAUGGAAACAAAGAUCUGGUGUUGUUUUAUCAUUACCUCACGGUUAUGAUGGACAAGGUCCAGAACAUUCAUCAGGUAGAAUUGAAAGAUAUUUACAAUUAUGUAAUGAAGAUCCUCGUUACUUCCCUUCACCAGAGAAAUUAGAACGUCAACAUCAAGAUUGUAAUAUGCAAGUUGCUUAUCCAACUACACCAGCUAAUAUUUUCCAUUUAUUAAGACGUCAAAUGCAUAGACAAUUCAGAAAACCAUUGAUUUUAUUCUUUUCAAAAUCUUUAUUACGUCAUCCAUUAGCUAGAUCAAAUAUAUCAGAAUUUACUGGUGAUUCACAUUUCCAAUGGAUUAUAGAAGAUGUAUUAGGUGAUAAAUCAGAAGUCAAAAGAGUUGUAUUAUUAACUGGACAAUUACAUGCUGCAUUACAUAAAAAGAGACAACAAUUAGAUGAUAAAUCUACUGCUUUUAUUAAGAUUGAACAAUUAAAUCCAUUCCCAUUUGCUCAAUUAAGAGAUGCCUUAAAUUCAUAUCCAAAUAUCGAAGAUUUAGUCUGGGCACAAGAAGAACCAUUGAAUAUGGGUGCUUGGGCUUUUGCUGUACCAAGAGUUGAAGCUGUCUUAAAAGAAACUGACAAUUACAAAGAUUUGAAGAUGAGAUAUGCUGGAAGAGACCCAAGUGCUUCGAUUGCAGCUGGUACUAAAGCUAAACAUUUAGCAGAGGAAGAAGAAGUAUUAGAGGAAGUAUUCAAUUAG